AUGCCCACCUACGUCGCCAAAGUCCCCGCCGGCCUCCUCAACGCCGCCCAGAAGCUGGCCAUGGCACGCGCCAUCGCGAAGCGCCACGUCGAAGCUUCCGGCACGCCAAAGUUCAUGUCACAGGUCCUGAUCGACGAGGACAGCCCGACAGCGCUGCGCUUCGUGGGCGGCGAGCCCGUCGGCGAGGCCGACCCCAAGGGCCAUAUCUGGAUCCGCGCCGACAUCAAGGCCGGCCGCCCCGCCGAAUUCAAGAAGAACCUCAUGUUCAACAUUAUCAACGACGUCUCGCAGAUCACAGGCGUGCGCAAGGAGUUUGUCUGGGUCUACCUCAACGACCUUCUUCCCGACGGGGUGGUCGAGUUUGGCCAGGUCCUCUAUAAGGGUCCUGAAGACCAGGCCGGGUGGAUCGCCUCCCUGCCGGAGGACAUUCGCGCCAAGCUUGGAAAGUAA